GCUGCUAAAAGCUAACUGUGCUAGCUGGAUAAAACGUUAUUUUUGCAGCUCCGUAGCGUCUGUAAACUAACGUUCAAACAUGAAUAAGUCAACGGACGGUUUGUUUAACCGGUCAACGUCACUUUUUGUCACAGUGAAUGUUUUCUAACUGUUGGCUAAAACCACAAACAACAAGACUCGUGUUCGGCUCCGAGUCGUGCUAACAGGUGUUGAGCUACAAUCUGUGACUCUUCAGAUUCUGUGACAGCGGAGGAGAAGCUAAAGGAAACUGGACAGACAGUGAAAGGCGGUGCAGUGAGGAUGGAGUCAGUGGAGGAGGCUGUGGUGUCGGAGCUGAAGAAGCAGCUGGAGGAUGAAGACCUGAACCCGGAGCAGAAAAUCAACCUGCUGAAUAACGGCAUUAACAAGGCUCUGAACGUGGCGGCCACGCAGACCGACAGCAGUGUGUUGACUCGUGUGAAGUCUCAGUUGUAUCACACUGGCGUCUUGAGUCAGUGUGUACACGCCCUCUCUCUGGAUCCCAUAAGACUGAGGGGCAACUGGACCGCCGCCGCCGCCACACUCGCCCAGCUCACCAGUUCCUGCUGUGUUGGGGUUGACCCCGGUAAACAUUCGAAGGCCUUUCAUAGGCUGUUCCUGCCGUCAGUCAUAGACAGCCUCCUGUCAUUGGCCAGCCAGCUAAUGAGGCGGGCAGAGAGUUCGUCUCUGUUCAGGAAGGUGAUGGAUUCAGUCAGCUGGCUGCUCAGAGCCCACACACAGCUCACCACACAGGUUCUCAGCUCUGUCCACUAUGAGCGGAUCCAGAUGUGUGAUGAAGCGACUGUGUCUCUGCUGUGUGUCCAGCUGUGGAUUCAAACCUGCACAGCCAGCAGGGACUUCCUGUCCAGGUUGAGUGAUGACUCCGUCCUGUUGCUGCUUAACGAGGCUGUCGGCCAAUUAGCUGUCAGCUCAGACUCCGCGGUGGGCAGGGCCUCCGUCAUGCUCAUCCUCCUCAUGGCCAAUCAGCUGCAGCUCCGCCUUCAGCCCCUCCUCCUCAGCUUCAGAGGUCUGGACAACCUGCUGGACAAAGACUGGAGGGGGCAGGGCUUUGACCAGGACGUGGAUCAGCUGAUUGCACUCAUCCAAUCAGACAGAAGCACCAUGAGUCCCUCUCAGGUGCGUCUGGAUACAUCUCUUACUGAGCAUGUGCGGGCGGCGUGUGUGAUCCAGGCGGCCUGGAGGUCGUAUCGGACCAGGCGCAGAGUGAAGAGUCUGAGCAGAGCUGUGAGCACGCUGCAGAGGAGAUACAGGGCUCGGAGGAGGCAGCAGCAGCAACAGAAGCAGGCCCAGCAGUGGGAGGAGGAGUUGAAGUACCAGGUGUGUGUGAGACGUCAGCAGGCGAGGAGGGCGUUCCACCAAAAGCAGAGACAACUGCUGCAGCUGCUUCCUCCUGACCAGGUGCAGUCGUAUCUGCAGGAGUGUGAGCGUCGUGCAGCCGUGGUGAUCCAGAGCUUCUGGAGAGGCUUCAGAGAGCGACGCCGCUACAACAACACACACCGGAACACACUGAGACACACACGCUCACAGCAGCAAGCCGCCAGGACGCUGCAGAGAGCGGUGCGUCACUUUCUGCAGGAACGACGGGAAGCGAAGGCCCCGCCCGUCGCACCUUUCUGGAUUGGUCAGAAAGGUUUGACGGACAGCAGGAGGGCGGAGCUGAAGACACAGUUGGAGGACUACAUCGCUGCGCAUCCUUCGUCGCAUGUGUCUCCUGAGGAGUGUCAGCGUCUCCACGAGGAGGUGCAGCUGCUGCUGCUGUCGGAGCUGCAGAGAGGAGAGCAGCGGAGGAGGGAGGAGCAGAGGAUGGAGGCGCUGCUGGCUCACACACACACUCAGCUGGAGCUGCUCAGAGAUGCUCCGCCCCUCUCUGUUGUCACGGCGACAGAUGCCGAAUCCUUCCUGAGCCUCUCGGGUCCCGUCGCCGCUCGUGCCCGUGACGCCCACAACGCAAGGCUGCAGGCGAGCCGGCUGCCUUGGUGGAGGACGCUGGGAGAGCCAGUUGACGUAUUUACCCCCGCCCACCUGCAGGAUCUGGAGGCGGAGCUUGGAGGACUGUUUGUAGGAGGGUCAGCGGAGGUCAGCAAACUCACUGAGGUGGACGGAUUAAACCUUUAACCUGAAGACUCACUGAUCUGAGUUCAGCCACCUGGUUCUUUGUGGUCAGUCAGAGCUGUGACAGUGUUGAAGCGUCAUGUUUAUUGUCGUUAAUGUCACUUUUCCAGCUGAAAGUGUUUCUGACGUCCAAAACGUCAAAGGAUCAAAUGUGAAAUGUGGCAGAGGAAGGUAAAGGUGUGUGCUGGAGGAAGCAACCACAAAAAACAAACCACAGACGGACUCAGCGGUUUUUAUUCACAUGCUGCGAACUGUUCAUCACAUUCAACCUCUUUAUGUCAGAAUGUCAUUUCAUACGUCAGUAUUAUAAAAAACAUCCAUUAUAGCUGAUGUAAAGAUAUGACAUAACUUUACUGUCCAUGAUUCAUGCUGCCAUCUAGUGUCCGUCCACAGAACAUACCUGAACCUUCACUGGAUUCACCUGUUCACACCUGUGAACACUCAGUGCUCUUUGCUUCCUCAGCUCACCUCUGGAGUUGAUCAGAUGUUUGGACCCUCGUGGUUUUUUUUUGUUGAGCUGGAUUAAACUGAAUUCUAACAGACAUCCGGCAGAGAGAGAACAUCUGUCGGCAGGUAAAACUCCUACAGGUAGGGAUCAGACAAUGACUCAACUCGACAUGGCUGUUUAGAGUUGUCACUGCAGUAACCAGCAUCAAACAGCAGGGGGAGCUUCUCCUUCACCACAGCAGCUGUUUGAUUGAAGAGAUGUUUUUACCUAGGACAGAGGGAGGGGAGGGUGCGCUUGUUUUUGUGCUUUGUGCAGCCUGUGUGGAUGAUCUUUGUUUUGAAAAAGGUAGUCACAUAUUAUAACGUGUAUAAAA